AUGAAGGCGACGACAGUCAGUCUGAAGCAGCUGGCAGAAGGGACAGUGGCCUUCACAGCACUCGAAGAGGCAUUCGGCGAAUCCUCACUCGGAAUCCUAGUUGUUGACGACCUCCCAGCCAGAUACCUGGAGCUGCGCGAGAAACUGCUGUCGUACGCAUCGUAUCUGGCGCAACUUCCGCCGCAGGACCUGGACGCUCUCACCGAUGUAGCAUCGCAUUACGAGGUCGGAUGGAGUCAUGGCAAAGAGGCCCUCAAGGACGGACAGUACGACACCAUGAAAGGAUCCUACUAUGUGGACUGUCAGUCGUUCUUCCUGGAGAACCCCAUCGUCCCGGUGCCUGGUCAACCCGCCACGAGGGGCUCAGGGACAAACUUGUGGCCGUCUGAAUCUGCGAUGCCUGGGUUCCGAGCGACCUUCGAAGAGCUGUGCACGAUGUUGAUCGACAUCGGAGCGCUCGUCGCCCGAGCGAUCGACCUGUACGCCAGUAAGCACAUCCCACAGUACCGGCAGGGAUACCUCGAACAUGUGGUCAAGACCAGCCACACGCCCAAAGCUCGUUUGCUGCACUAUUUUCCCCCAGUCGAAGCGGCCAGUGCAACAUCGUCCCCGUCCGACAGAUCGGCGGACCCUUCAGAUUCUGAGGAGGACUCAUGGUGUGCCACUCACCUUGAUGAUGGGUGUUUGACGGCACUGACAUCGGCCCUGUACAUGGACGAGUCCGCCCCCCUGCCAUCACUUACAACGCACUCCUUUCCAUCUCUGCCUAUCCUACCUUCUUCUCCCGACCCCAAAACAGGACUCUACAUCCGCUCACGGGGCAACAAGGUCGUGAAAGUCGAUAUCCCCACCAACUGCAUCGCCUUUCAGACCGGCGAGGCCCUGCAGAUGAUUACGGAUGGAAAGUUCAAGGCCGUGCCGCAUUUUGUCCGUGGGCCGAGCGGUGCGAGCAAAGUAGCCAGGAACACGUUGGCACUCUUCAUGCAGCCGGACCUUGAUGAGGUUAUCGACAAGGACAAGGGGACGACCUAUAGAGAGUUUGUGGACAUGAUUGUGAAGAGACAUUCAUGA